AUGCUGAGGUCUGCUGAAGCCUCCCUCCUGAGUCGUCUGCUCGCGCCAUCCACAAGAUGCUACGCUACAGCGUCGCGCACGUCUCCUGCUCUACAAGGGGAGCUCCAGAAGCGCGGCUUGACGCCAGCACAGUUCGACAAGCUCCCUCGCAGCGUGCGACGUUCUAUGCAGUUCGGCCAACCACCCAAGGUCGACAGAUCAGGCGCGUCGUCCUCUGGCGCUGAGGGAAAGAAGGCAAAGGAGCCGGCUGUGUACCGCUCGAAGCACUGGGACCCCACGAAGGACGAGGGAAAGGGAGAGAAGAAGAUGCUCGAUCCUUACGUGCUCUCAAAGCGGUUACAGAAGAUGUGCAGCGAGGGGAAGCUAGAGGAGGCUAUCGAGACUCUGCAGACGAUGCCGCGGGACGCGUCGAGCACGCCGGUGUGGAACAUGAUCAUCUGGGAGUGCAUGAAGGCGAAGAAGUACAAGACGGCGUACCAGCUUUAUGUCGAGAUGAAGCGCAGAGGCUAUAGCCCUUCUGUACGCACCUUCAAGACCAUGUUCACUGGCCUCUCACGUAUCGAACACUGGCCCACACAUUCCAAGCAGCUCGACAACGCCCGCUCCCUCUACGACGCAUUCAUGAAAUUCAUCCGCUCCGUACAAAAGCACGAUCCCACGAGCGAGCAGCUCAGCGUCGACCCGCUAGCCAUGUAUAUACGCAUCCUGGCCGAGUCGGGCAACCACCGCGAGAUGUGGGACGUGUACAAUGGCCUCGACUCCGAAGGCCCACUGGCAGCCAACGUACUCAUUUACACCGCCAUGUUCGACGCAUUAGCAGCUGCCGGACCCAGCGAGGGUGGCGAGGCCAAGUACCUCUGGCAGCAGGCGCUGAAGGCCGGCAUCCCCAUCGACUCCCAUCUUGUCAGCGCUGCCAUUGCCGCGCUUGCCAAGGGCCGGACACCGGACAAGGCGCUCGCCCUCAAGCUCCUCGCAGAGUACUACGGCCUGACCGCGCCGUACGAGAAGCCUGCGGAGAAGAUCCAACUGGCGCUCCCACCUUCCGCUCUCUUCUCUGCGCUCUCCCUCGCCAACGCCAUGCAGAAGCCGCAGAUGACGAUACACUUCUUCGACGAGGCGCGCAUGCGUCCGCGCGCGUUAGGUGGGGAGGACAUAAUCGACCGCGGGCACGUCGAGGAGGCGCUCAAGGCGCAUGCGGCUCUCGCCUCGCCUGGCGCACCGCCCGCCGCUCUACGCCUCCUCGAGUGGACGCUCAGAAAGGAAGCCGCGGGUGGUGCGGACGGUCUGAAGCUCCGCCCCGCGCAGCGCACCUACAACCUCGCCCUCAUCGCGUGCUGGAACGCCGCCGACUGGCCCGCCGCGCUGCAGACCUUCCAGCUCAUGACCGGGUACAUGGCGGACGAUCUCGCUGACGGGCGGUCAGGACAGAUGCCGCGCGAGCAGCGGCCGCGGGGGCGCAACCUCGAGCCUACCGCUGAAGUACUGUCAACGAUGGUGCGCACCGCGCAGGCGACCGGUGACCCAGCGACCAUGCGACAUGCGAUACGUUUAGUUGAGGCGUGCGGUGGGGAGGGGUACCUCUCGACACAUCGACGGUCGGCAGAGGAGACGAAGCGCUUGCAGAAGGGGCGCGUCUUCUUCGUCGGCAAGCUCGCGGGCGCGCUCGUCGAGGUGCUCGAUACCUUGUUUGCCAAGGCGCCUCCACGGCCGCACGAGAAGGAGAGGUGGACGAAGCUGCGCAAGCAGGCAAAGACGGUCGCGCAGAAACUUCAGUACGACGAGAAGUUUUUGCCGACUGCGUAG